AUGACCUUUGACGCCAAGCUUCUUCAAGCCCUUCUCGAGGGGUACACGGGGGACGACCAUGAUUUCGAUGAUGCCAUCGAUGUCUGCGACGAGCUGCUGGCUGACGCCGACGACGCCGACGAGUUGGACGACAACUCGGCCCUUGCUACCAUCGGUCGUAACAACCUCAUUGCCAGCGCUUUGACCAACGACAGCCGCGAUAUUUUCCCCUUUGCUAAGGAGUGGAAGUCGCUGUUCUCGGAAGAGACCUCCCUGUCAGCCGACAUUCUUCUGCUCGCCACCAUCGCCGCGGCCACCCUGCCGCCCCAGGCGCUGGUCGACGGACUGCUCCGCAUGUUGGUCGGCGGCUCGUCGGUCCGGACCGCAGCCGUCUUUGACUUUGUUGCCGAAAUCGUGGGCACUGUGGGGAACGGGCUCACACUUAGCUCCAUUGUGACCAAAGCUGCCGAGCGCGGGCUCUCGUGGGACGUCUUCUACACCAUCGCCGACGCCUUUGACGUCGCCUCGCGCCUCGCUGUGGCAGAUCUGGUCCGUGAGGUGACGGCCAACGAGAUCCAUCUCCAGCUGCCUCACUCUUCCACACCGUUCUUCUCCCACUUUGCUACCCUCUUCGUCGACAACGACAACGAUAACGAUGACGCCCUCGCCGGUCUCCUUGCUUUUGUCCGCGGCGAGAUGCACGGCAUCCGUCCUCUCAUCUCGGCCAUGCUUGAAGCUGCAGCGGCGCCGGACACGGCCUUUGAUCUCGUCGAGCAGGCCAACCUGAGUGGUUUUCCAGAGUCCGAUCUCGUCAAAGCCCUCCACUACGCGCUCAUUCUUGGCUUCUCUAACGUCCUCGGCACGGGCAAGACCGUCAACGACAACAUUGCCCUCGCCCAGCAUGUUGACUCCAUCCGUCGCUUUGUGCCGGCCAUCUCGCUUGCUCAGCUGGCCUCGGCCGCCACCGACAUCGGCGACGACGCCGGGCGAACGCGUGCGGCCGACGCGGUAGUCGACACGCUCGUCAACGUGCUUGACCUUCUCACGGCAAAGGUGCGCGGGUCGUCCUUCAAGCUCGAUGUCCGCAGCUCGCCGUGUGUUUCCAUCUCCCCGCGACCUGGUGACGCGCCUGGCUUGGCGGUCCAUCUCCCGCCGGUCGGCGUCUUCUCCAUCCAGAAGCCGAUCUUCAGGGGUUGCACCAGUCGGCUGGAGUGGAAGCCAGUCCAACCCAGCAUCGGCUUUGGGCCUGAUGCCUACGAUCAUGGCGAGGACGCUCACGCCGUCGAUCCUGUUCUCCAGUGCCUGACCAUCUCUGAGCUGGUCUCCUCCGUCCACAACAUCACCAUCACGCUCCGGGUCCGCCCCCUCGACAUCGAGGUCAACGUCAACUUCUACAAGGCCCACGGCAUGGUCCUGCAGGUCAUCCAUGCACCGAAGGGCUUUGACGUCGUUGCUCCGACCCGGCUGGACGAGAUGCGUGAUGGGAUCAUGGCGUUUGUUGUCCCUCAGGCCGCGGCCGGCGGGCUGCGCGCGGGAGUGCCAUCGCUCCCCAGCGCCCCGCUUGCCAUCUCCAAGUUCAACUCGCCGAUGGUGAGCGAGGUCAAGGAGCUUCUGGCUCGACUUGAGCCGGAGGAUGGCCCAAAGAGCGGGGUCUUUAGCAUCGAUCCACACCUCAAGGCGCUCCUCGCGGUCUUUGACCACUACCCCAAGCCGGCCCGCCUGCACGAAAUCGCGCCCAACAACAUCGACGAGGUGUGCAAGCAGCUCCAGGCCCACGCGCCAUCGAUUGUCACCUACCGCCUCCUGCGGCUGUGUGGUCUCUCACGGAGCCACAUCCAGCAGCUGGUCAACCUCGCUCCCAACCUGGCUACCAACCGCCUUGUCCUGCUGCCGGAUCCGGAUCUCCUGCCCAUCAUCCGCUCCGUCGCCCGCGUUAACAGCGCCAUCGUCUUCGCCGCCUCGCUCCGCGAUGACGCCACCUUUGAAAUCGUCGCCUGCAAGCCAAACACCCCGCUUGGCGCUGCUCUCUCUUCUCCUCCGGACCCUGAGCUGCUUCAGCCGCGCCCGCCAAACGUCGUCUCAGUCUCGGCCGCCUUUGAUCGCAUCAGACUCGCCAGCAAGCUCGACCCCACCGAGCUGAUCGACUCGUCAACAAGCGCAGGCAACUCUGUCGCCUGCCAAGCCAUCACCAGGUCCAUCAUUCCGAUCGUCAUGCGUGGCAACUCGCCGCGUGACAUCCUCGAGACAUGCGCAAAGUCGAACGUCGACAAGACUCCCUUUGCUGCCAUCGUUUCCACCUGGGACUCGUUGUCGGCCGACAAGCUCAACCUCGCAGCUGUGCUCGGCCUCGACAGCAACAUCCGUGUCGUGUUUGUGCCCAAUGCCGAUCAGACCAAGCCGGCCACCGUGAUGAGUCUCGCUGCUGCUGCUGCUAGCGAUCGUCCCGGGAGAGAGCGACUCCGCGUUGUGGUCGUUCUCUGCUUUGCACACACGCCCGACGUCCAACUCCUUCACCCGCGCGUGGUUCUGCCGUCCGGCGCCGUGGUCCGAGUCAAGCUGGAUCUGAUGCGCGUCGCGCUUGCGCCCUCUGACGAUCAUUCCCAUGCGCCAAAGUCAACCGAAGCGCUUGCCGCCAGCGCCAUGAUCGCGCUCUGCGGUCCUCACACCAACACUGAUCUCUCGGCUCCGCACUCUGGCGUCAAUCCGGCAGUCCACGCUGCGGUCAUGGCGGAGUUUUAUGCCGCCGACGUUGCAGCCUCGUCGUCGCAGGCCUCAGUCGAGGUGGACGCCUCGGACGAGCCUGGCGUUGGCCGGGCCCGCCAGAUCGCUCGUCUCGUCAAGACCAUCGUCGCCUGCGGCGCGGACAACAAGGUCAUAGUCCCAUCGUUUGCGGACUUUACCGUCGCCAACCCGCACUUGGCCACGCUGCCAGCCGCAACGCGCGUGGGAAUGUGGCUCCGACAAACGGCUGAUGCGGUGCGGGCCCACAUCUCCGACCGCGACAUCUCUAACGCCGUCGCCGAUCUGGUCAACGUCGUAUCAUCGACCAACGUCCUUGAGCUUGCCUCGGCCAUUGGCAUGGCCACCGGCGACGCGCCGGGCUACUUUGGCGUCUUUGGCACCUCGCAGAAGAUUGCCAGUCUGAGCGAGCUCCACCUCCGCGGCGGCAACCUCGACUACGUCAGCAUCACCAACGCCAUCGCCGAUGGCGCAGUCGCUUCGGCGCGCGCUUUGGCAGACGUUGCCGCUCACUCACCGAGCCCGCUUCACAUCCUUCUCAUGGUCCCACCGCAACGCCUUGCCCGUAUCCUCUCCGCGGCCACGGCCGAUGGCCACAGCACCAUCCUUGACAUGAUUGCCGAUCUCGGCCUUGCCUCGGGUCUUCACGAGCUCGAGCUCACUGCGGCCACCAUCAGCACCAUCGUCGACCCGAUCAUUGCUGCCGGCAUUUCUCUCUUCUUCCCGAGCAGGGAAAAGGCUGACGAGAGCCACUACUACAGCCUCCUCGUCCGCCACCUGGUCGCCACCGGCAUUGAGCUGCCGGGACAGCUGCAGCAGAUCGUCAUGACCGAGACCCUCGACUCGAUGCAUCUAGGCGCCGAGGAGAAGGUGAUCAUCGGCCAGAGCUUUGUAAGCCUCUGCCUCUCUGUGCCGGACAGCCAAGCCUUCCCGCUACGCCGGGAUCUCAUGGGCUCAUUCGCCGAGUACAACGAGCGCUCUGCCUCAGAGGCCGGCGCCAUCAUAGACAAGUAUCGCCUCGUGGUGACGAGCGAGGCCACCGUGGCCUUGCUUAUGUUGCGGCGCGACGACGACGCGGCCAGCUUCUACUGUUUUGUCCAACAUCCUGCUCUUCUCGCGCGGAUGGGCGCGGGAGACGCGCUGCGGACGGUCGUCGCCCCGCUCGUCACUGCCGAGCCGACAAGCGCGUUCCGGCUCGUCCUCGCCCUCAUGCACAACAUCGAGGUCAUGAGGCAACUCAAGAGCGAAGCCGACAAUGCCAGCAGCUGCUGGGCCGCAGACAUCAUCGAUGCGGUUGACCGGCUCCGGAUGGCGUCAGAGUGCGGCUUCCUCCUGCCGCCAGCCAGUGACCUUAUGGCCCUUGCGCGGAAAGUGGCUGCCGAUCCAACCACCGUCAUGACCACCGCCGUCGACGAAGGCAGGGCACUGUUUGAGGUCCUCGCGUUCAAGUUUGCGAUCUCGGAUGAGCUGAUGGACAGCGAUGGCGAGCAAGUGGACAAGGACAUUCUCGACACCGCCAAGUCGUUCCACAAGCUUCUGCACCCGGAUCUGUGGGCAUUUGCGCAGGCACAGUACAUCGGCCAUGAGUUCCGGCUACUCCAUGCCAUGGCAUGGGCGAUGAAGCUUGACGAGGUGGACGAGCCGCGGAUGCCAACCGCGCCCGACGAUCUGAUACUGCGCCGGUUCUGGGCCUUGGCAGACAAGCUGCCUGAGGUGCGCGCUGCGCUCAACACCGCCACCACUCGCGACUUGCUCUUGACACCAGUGCCGGCCACCAAGUACCUUCUGGCCGGCCAUCAUGCCGUCCUCAGCGCCGGCGAAGUCAACGCGCGAGUUGCGUCCGGCCCGAUCUCCGCAGACGGUUCCAGCCUCGUGUCGCGGAUCGAGACCGAGUGGAUGACGCUGCCCGGGAGGAGCAACAGGCACGACCGGGACAGGUUGUGCUUCGGCCUGCCAAAGACAACGGCGGCACCCGCAGAUGAGGUGAUCCGUACCCAUCGUCAACAGCUUCUCUCCAGCGCGGCGGCCGGCCUCGUGCUCGAUGGCGCCUGGAACGGCUUUGAUCUUGGCUCGGGCGUGUCGGCGUUGUCGGUCGCUACCAACCUGGUGUUCCUUGCCAGGGCGCUGGGCGCAAAGUACGAGACGUAUCCAUUCAUGUCAGGCGAGGAAUCGGAGAAGAUGGUCAUGAUCUCCAAGCCCGCAGCACUGCUUGAACCGGAGAUGCUCGGUAAUCUGGAGGUCCUGGUCACGAUUGGCUCUGAUCCGGAGGAGAUGCUGGCGACGAUCGUCGAUGAGCUGUCGAGCACCAACCUGGUGGUCGACGCCGAGCUGUCCAAGCUGAAGCACGCCACUGAUAUCAAGGCACUGCUGACCGAGGACGAGCGGAAGAGUGGCUUUUUUGCUACUCUCAAGCGCUUGUGGAACAGUAUGAGUUCAAAGGCGGCGAGGGCUGCAGCGGCGAAGGUGGAGGCGGCGCGGACGACCGCAGACGGCAUCGCGGCCUCGCUGACACAGUGGUACUCCAAGGCGGUGUGUGACAUGUACUACGCACUGCUCGUCAUGGAAUGGUUCCACAACACCGGCUUUGAUCUUGGCGCUGUCGUUGCAGCGGUCUCCGAGCAUGUCAUGGGCGACGGCGACGGCGACGUCAACGAUGCAGUGCGCGCCAUUGGGCACGGCGCCAGCAUGUGGGCCAAGCACUUUGGGUCAAAACCGUCACACACGGCGGCCGAGACCAUCUGCGCCGCCGAGGCAAGGGACUGGCUCCCGAUUGUGGUCAACCACGGGACGGCGCCGACCAGUGGCCAUGCGGGGCUCUUUGAGUCCUCACCGGCAUCGGUGGCGUGGACAGCGCGCGUCCUCCUUGGUCCGGCGGCGAUGACCUUUGGCGCCAUGCGCGAAGACGACAUCAUGGCCUACAACCAGCGCACCUGGUUCUCGCGGGCAGCCAAUCACGCCGCGGUAGCCAUUGCUGCGCUUGGCGACGACGACACGGCCGUGCUGGAGCUUGUGACGGGGAUUUACGCAAGCGUUCAGCUCAUGAACAGCGACGCACACACGCUGGCGUACGGCCGGAUGUUGGCUGAUGCAGUUCUCGCGCAGGCCUCCGCGAGCGCGCCCCUGCUGCGCACCGCGCUCCGCAACUUCCCGCCCCCGAUCCGGCGCAAGAUGGAUGAGGUCUUUGCCAAGGCGGGCGUGCCGUCGGUGACUUGGUCUCCUUCGCGCCAUGCGCCAUUCUGGCCAUCUAAGCCGCUCAGCAAGGCGCUGUCCGAGAUUGAGCCGCCGGCCGACGCCGCAGCGAGCGGCACGGCGGCGGGCUGCGAUGAGGACGCAACCGCCAGCAAGGAGGAUACGGAGUCAAUGACGGACAAGGCAUGGCAGCUGAAUCAAGUCACGGUGCUUUCGAAGCCGGCGCGCCGCCGGCGCGUCCAGCAUAGUCUCCGCGCCGGCAUUGCGUCGAGCGGAUGGAGUGCAGGCGGGCGGGUGGACGCGCGGGCGGCGUCUGCGGGAUCGGUCACCAAGGCGCAGCUGCGGUUGGGCCAGUUCUCUACAAUCGACGUGUCGGCAAUGGUACAGGUAACGUCGACGCACGGGAUCGUGUCGGUGGUGUCUGUCCGGCCGCUGGCCGAGGUGGUCGCGUUGUACGACAUGCGCCACUCGUCGCCAGUCCUGCAUCUGAUGGAGGCCAGUGCGAUGGCAGGGGACGAUCCGCACCUUCGGGUGGUGCGGCAGUUUGGUUCGUCGGAGGAGGCGUGGCGAGUGCUGCUUGCAGUGCCCAUCGGGACGCGGCUGGUGGCAUCGGGCUUUGUCCUCACGCGCAUCGCAAUCUCGUCGAGCUGCGCCAUCGACUCGCCGUGGCAGCUCUCGGUGCUGAGCCCGGAUCCGGCGCCGCGGUCGUUCGCCGACGUACUCGCUGCACAUCAUGCCGGCGUGCUCCCCAGCCAGCUUCCGACCGAGGUCGUCAAGGUACUGGACAUGCUGGCGAAAGCGAUGGUGGCCAAGUACUGUGUGGACAUCGCAGAACCGGCGGGUGCCCAGGCGCUCGCUCAGGCGCUCGCCCAGGCGCUGGCCGCCGUGCCGGACCAGUUUGCGGACGAUGUGACGGCGAUGCGCGAGGUGUGCAGUGCCUCGAAGAUCGACAACGUGCUUUCAACGCUGCCACGACACCUGCGGGCCGCAGCUAGUGCUGUGCGGUUCUGUAGCCAGAGCAAGCGGAUGCUCGUGGCGCUCUUCGAGGCGAGGCCGCAGCUGUCGGGUUACUGGGACACCGAUCUCGCGCCAUCGUGCAGCUACGCCAACGGGUACUGCAUCCACGCGCCGUCGGCGCACACGACCCGGUUUGAGGCGUGGCAGGCGGAGACCGAAGUUUAUCCGCGGCCAACGGGCUGGACGGUCUGCGACGUGACGACACUCGAAGCGGUGCCGUUGGAGUGGAUUGGAGUCUCGGCCAAAGCGCACGGACGGGAAGAGGUGGCCAAGCUCGGGCUGGAUCUGGAAGACGGAUCGCAGAUGGCAAACCAGAUUGUGAUUGGCUUUGUGACGGAUCAAAAGGUGGUGGAGCAGCUGGUGCACGGCGGACAUCCCGAUAAGCCGCUUGUGGAGCGGAUGGCUGCGGCGCGCAAGUGGCUCAGCCUCACGCUGGCGGCACCCAUUCCGGCCAGCCUCAAGCAAUGGUUGCUGGACAUUGCACGGCAGGACGUGAGCCCUGUUUGGCCAAACGAGAUCAACGGCAUCACCAAGGUGCUUGCCACUGGCCUGGCGCUGUUGCUGCGCGACAAGGUGUGCGCCGAGGCGGGAAGCGUGGCGUGCAACAACAUGCUCCUCGACGCACAGGCGAGCGAGGAGAGCGCGCUGACGGCGAUGACGCAGCGGACGGCUGGCUACGGAGUGCUCCUCUGCAGGCCCGACGACCUGACGAAGGUGCGGAAGGCCAAGGUGCCGAUCGGGCGGGUGCUUGAUCUGAGUGGCGGCGGGAUGGACGGCCACGAGAUGUACACGUUGAUCAUGGACGCGCUGGCGGAGCGGCCGUUUGUGUACGUCAAGGGCUUCAACCCAACCGACGACAAGUACGUCAAGCUGGUGUGCGAGCACACGCAUGACGCGCCGUGGACAUACGUCUACAUCGAGAUGGAUGCCGGGCAGCUGUUCCGUGCCGCCGACUCGGAUCGGUUCACCCUGCUCUCGGAGCCGGCGCACCAGAGCGCGUCCGACCAGUCGCUGGGGCAGUCAACCAAGGUGAUGGUGGAGACAGAGCGGCGAUCGCUUGCUAACGAUGGCGAGCUUUGGGCGAUUGCGGAACCAGCGCUGAGUCCCAAUCUUGUGACGGAGCGCGACGCAGAGUGGAAGGUGCGGCUGACGAACGCAUGCACGCGGGGAGUGACGGUCAUCGUGUUGUGCUCGGACCCGGGGACGGGCAAGACGACGAUGGUCGAGAUCAUGUCUUCAAAACUGCUCAAGGACGGUGGCAUCGUCGUUCGCAUCGACUGCUCCUCGGUGGAGCUGGAGCGGUCGACGGUGGUGGCUGCGGUGGAGGCGGUGGUACCCAUCGACGGGAAGGUGCGGACGGUGCUUGUGGCCGACGAGUUUGAUCGGCUUGACCGGUCGCAGAAGGACGCGCUCUUUGCCUGGGCCCUUCCCAAGCGGGCAUGGCUCCAGGUUGUCUGCCUCGCUAACCGCAAGCACUCGUGCGAUGUCGAGCUGCUCGACGCGGCUGUCCUCCACACGCCUUCGCUGGAGUACGAGACCAUCUGGGCUCGGCUCAACAUCGACGAGAUGGUGGAACUGAUGCCCCAGCUGUGCAGCGGCAUCAAGGGCUGCCGCCUCGGAAAUGACGUGCGGCGCAAGCUGAAGGAGUGCGCCGUUGCGAUGCGGCUGCUGUUCGGCGAGUCUGUCCUCUCGCUGCGGCACGUCAAGUCGCUGGUGGAAGCGAUCUCGGCCGAGACGCCGGGCCCGCUUGCCUCGUGGCUGCUGGGGCGCGCGUGGCACAUCGGCGACAAGAUGGCGCACGCGUUUGCAGAGACCUUUGUCAAGAGCUACAAGGGCACACCGACGGGCGGAUCGCCGUUGGGGCUGGUGGCGGCGGCGGCGGUGAGGGCGGCGCAGUGGGGCGUGGUUGGCGUGGAGGUGGCGGCGGCGGACCUGAAGACGUACCCGGAGUUUGUGUCGCAGCUGGCGGAACCAUACAAGAGCCAUCCGCUGGUGCGACUGGCGGCAUAUCUGCGGACGGUGCUCAAGUGCAACGCCGAUCUGGACGGGCUGAUGGCGUUCGAGGUGUGCGAUGGGUUCGACUUUCCGCUCUUCUACAACGCGACGGGCAAGAGUGCGGCAAGCGGGGGCCUGGACACGUGGCAGACAAUGGUGGUCCCGGGUACCUUCCUCAGCCUCGCAGAGAUCAACGACCGUCUUGAGCGCGGGCUCGAGUUUAACUGGUACGAGAUCGGCGAGAUGUGGGUCGCCGAGCCGCCGACCGACCACGCGGCGCUGCGGUCUGUGGCGUCCAACGCGACGUCCAUGGCGACGAUGCUACAGGCGCUGCCGGCGGAGACCCUGGUGGACAUGCUCAACGCCGACGAUGCAUCGUGCGACUUUCUGCUCAAGGUGGCGGGCGCGCUGUCAGCAUGCAGCAACAUGGAGGAGCCGCUGUACACGGCGGUGUGGGCUGCGAUCCGGCGCUGGCCAUUGGCCGACAAGACGCCGAGCGCAGUGGCAAGCGAGGUGUUCACCACGAUCGGGACCAUCAGUACGGGCCUGCUCGGCCGAUGCCUCACCUGGGCCGCAGUCCACGCGACGGCAAUGACUGUGCCGGACCGGGCCAGCGACUGCAACGAGCUCCUCGCGCGGUGCCUCAUUCACAGCUCGGGACAGGUUGGGCUGGCGGCCGGCGAGAGCGACGAGGAGGCCGAUGUGGUGGCAACGAUGUGGGGCGGGCGGUUUGCACCGCUGCUGGGCGUUGCGCUGGCGAUCGUGAGUGAGGAGAUGAUGCACGCGGCAGCGCUGCGGGCGGCUGUGUCGCAGCUUGUGGCGCGCGAGCAGGCGCCUGAUCCGCGGUGGCCAGGGCUGGUUUGGACCGUCCACGGUAUUGCCCACGGAAGUGGACCGCUUGCGGCGGCCGCCAUCACACGCGCAUUUGUUGAGUGGGCCGCCGUGUUUGGCUCGGGCGCGCUGCCGGUGGCGAUCCCGGCGGUGGCGACUGCGGUCUUUGCGCGCGCUGUCUCGCUCGAGUGGCAGGUGGCGAGGAGCAUUCUAGAUGCGGACGAGGGGACGGUGGCGCCCAACCCCAGAGUGAUCCGCGGCGAGACGAUCAAGCAGCUGCUGCACGUCGGGUGUCGCGCAGGCGACCGAGUGACCGGCGCGGCGUUUGCGCAUCAGGCACACCGGGAGGCGGUUGCGUCGCUGGCCCGGGAUUAAACGUGAAUCUGAAGACAA